AUAAAGGCGAACCCCGACCCGCCGGCCGCUGCUCUCGCCCGCUCUCCGCAUCAGCUCCCCGCCGCCGAAUCAGCCGCCGCCGCCAGCCGCUCCGAUGGCGCCGACGUCGAAGCUGUCGCAGGGCAUCAAGAAGGCGUCGCGGUCGCACACGUACCACCGCCGCGGGCUGUGGGCCAUCAAGGCCAAGAACGGCGGAGCCUUCCCCAAGGCCGGGAAGCCCGACGCCGCCGCGGCCGCCGCGCCCAAGUUCUACCCCGCCGACGACGUCAAACCCCGCCAGCCCAGCACCCGCAAGCCCCACCCUACCAAGCUCAGGUCGUCCAUCACGCCCGGGACCGUGCUGAUCUUCCUCGCCGGGAGGUACAUGGGGAAGCGCGUCGUGUUCCUCAAGCAGCUCAAAUCCGGCCUGCUUCUCGUCACUGGACCUUUUAAGAUCAAUGGAGUUCCUAUCCGCCGUGUGAACCAGGCCUACGUCAUUGCUACCUCCACAAAGGUUGAUAUCUCAGGUGUUAAUGUGGAGAAGUUUGAUGACAAAUACUUUGCUAGGGACAAGAAGACGAAGGCAAAGAAGACUGAGGGUGAACUUUUUGAGACUGAGAAGGAGGCAACCAAGAACCUGCCAGAUUUCAAAAAGGAGGACCAGAAAGUUGUGGAUGCGGAGUUGAUCAAAGCUAUUGAGGCUGUCCCAGAUCUGAAAACUUACCUUGGUGCGCGGUUCUCUCUCAGGGACGGGGACAAGCCCCAUGAGAUGGUUUUCUAGAUUAGUUGGCGCUAGGCUCUAGUUCUGCAGCCACAUUGCCUGUUCAAUCUGAGUGCGCUCUUGAAUUUUAUAUCUGACUGGUGAACCAUUCGUUUCCAAUUAGUAUCUGUCUGCCAAAUCUUACAUACACUUCACUGGUUCAAUUUAGUGAUGUUCUGCGUCAUACAUUCAUAC